AUGCUCAUUUGAAUAUUCUUACAUCCGGUCACGCCCACCAGCACUGACACCCCCAUAGCCCAGUCUGUUGUCAUAAAGAAAAAAUGGCGUCUGUUUCAGAAAUGUACGAUGUCGGCUGGGAAGAGAUGAGAGACAAGCUUCGAAAAUGGAGAGACGAAAACUGCAGAAACAGUGAGCAAAUAGUGGAUGUUGGUGGAGAACUCAUCAGUGAACAUUCAUCAAAACUGGGGGACGACAUUUGGAUUAUUUAUGAGCAGGUGAUGAUUGCUGCAUUGGACUGCAGUCGGGAUGACUUGGCUUUGACCUGUCUACAGGAACUGAGGAAGCAGUUUCCAGAUAGCCACAGAGUGAAGCGAUUAUCAGGCAUGAGGCUGGAAGCUUUGGAAAGGUACGAUGAGGCCAACAAGCACUAUGAUGCCAUUCUUCAGGAAGACCCCACAAAUACGGCUGCAAGAAAACGCAAGAUCUCUAUACUGAAGGCUCAGGGGAAGAGCACUGAAGCCAUCCGGGAGCUCAACGAGUAUUUAGAGCAGUUUGUUGGGGACCAAGAAGCAUGGCACGAGCUGUCAGAACUAUACAUAAAUGAACAUGACUAUGGAAAAGCUGCAUUUUGUCUUGAGGAGCUAAUGAUGACCAAUCCUCACAAUCACUUGUAUUGUGAGCAGUAUGCUGAGGUGAAGUACACACAGGGAGGGCUGGAAAACUUGGAGCUGUCAAGAAAGUAUUUUGCCCAGGCUCUCAGGCUGAACAACAGAAACAUGAGAGCAUUGUUUGGUCUAUACAUGUCUGCAAGUAACAUUGCUGCAAGCCCAAAGGUUAGUGCCAAGGUGAAGAAGGACAACAUAAAGUAUGUUGCUUGGGCUGCCACUCAAAUAAACAGAGCAUACAAGAUGGCCGGCCGUGGUUCCAAGGAGAGCAAGUGUUCCUUAAAGGCAGUGGAGGAGAUGCUGGAAUCCAUGCAGAUUACCAUGUCCUAGAUGCCCUCAUCCAUACCCUCCUUCAUCCUGUUGGUGAUCACACAGUUUUGGAGACAUAUGGCAGCUUCACACAGCGCUAUGACCUAAAGCGACAUUUUUUUUUGUGUCCUUUCAAUUUUGGAGCUGACAGAAAUUUAUAUGGACAAUGGGAGAUUUUUUUUCCACUCAUGUUGUGUUUUAAGGGUCAACUUCCAAGUAGUUAGGACAAAGGCUAUAACAACGUAACCAUUAAAGAUGGCAAGCUGUACAGUAAAUAGUAUUUAUACAGAUGACCCUGAUGGAAAAACUUUAGUCAGACUUGUCAAAAUGUCUUAAUAAAAGUUGAACUCAUUACA